CUUUUCUUUAAAUAAUAUUGGGCGAUUAAUAGAAUACGUCAUUCACAUUCAUCCUUUCGAAAUCUGGCAACAGUGUGUAAGGCAAUCGAAGUGGUCCAGUUGGAGAAUUUUUACAUAAAGAAUUUCAAUCUAAUUCAUCUGACUUGAAAACAUAAAUGGCUCCAAGAAAGGGUAAACAAAAGGAUGAGCAACAGGCUGUUACAACUCUUGGUCCUCAAGCAUUAGAAGGCGAACAUGUUUUUGGUGUAGCACACAUUUAUGCUAGUUUUAAUGACACUUUUGUGCACGUAACUGAUUUGUCAGGAAGAGAAACAAUUGCUAGAGUAACUGGUGGUAUGAAAGUAAAAGCAGACAGAGAUGAAGCAUCUCCAUAUGCUGCUAUGCUUGCUGCCCAGGAUGUUGCUGAAAAAUGUAAACAAGUGGGAAUAAAUGCUCUACAUAUUAAAUUGCGUGCUGUUGGUGGGACCAGAACAAAAACUCCAGGACCAGGUGCACAGUCUGCUCUGCGAGCUCUGGCUCGUUCUGGCAUGAAGAUUGGACGUAUUGAGGAUGUAACACCCAUACCAUCAGACAGUACUCGCAGAAAAGGUGGACGUCGUGGAAGAAGGUUGUAAUCAGACGAUGUAUAUUAUUUCCAAUUGAAAUAAACAGUUGAGAAAAAUUGGC